AUGGGAUUUUUCAGGAGAAAGAAGACACAAACUCCAUCACAAUGCCCGCCGGCCAAAGCUGAUCAGGUGCAAUGUCAACCUCCGGCACAAUCUCCUCCCCGUCGUGAUGGAAGCCCUUUUCAUCCUCCAGCUCCGGCUGCUCCGUUUCAACCGGCCGGCUACCUGUCGCCGCCACCGGGCUGGAAUCAUGCCCCGCCGCCUGGACCUCCCCCAUCAAACAGCCAGUAUCACCACGACCAGAGACAGUAUUCUCCCAUCAUCGUGAACCAACAUUAUUAUCUGAGCUCUCCGCCCUCUCAUCAAGCUCAUAACAAUCCUUACCCUAGCAGCAAUGGAACAUGUGCGCUCAGCAAGCUCAAACUAGGCUCAGCGGCCGACUUGGCGCACCUAUCCGGGACCGUCAAUCAAUUACUGGACGAUGGCCUGCCGAGAUGGCACUCAUACGGGACACAGUUGUUGAACCAGGGCGCGGCCAUGUAUGACCAGAUGUUCAGCAGAUUUGACGACAUCAUGACUUCAAUCGACAGAGAUCGGUUUAUUGGAAACGAGAAUGACCUGUUCAUGUACCAAAAGAUAGAGCCGAUACCUUCACCACCCGCCGAAUCGACGAAACAGUUGACUCUUCCCAAAGGCCAUGCGAAGAAGAGUAAGAAGGAAACUCCAAAGGGACAUACCACCGCGGUGGCAUCGUCUCUCAUAUCAGGCGGUUACUUCGCAAAGGUGGAACUGUACGCGAACUCCAGACUGCCUCUGAAUCUGCCCCCGCUUCGACUGUAUAUGCCGACUUAUCCUCUGCUCUGUCUAGCUGCGCAAUAUGCAGAAAGGGUAUACGAUAACCCGACAGGAGCAGAACGGAAUGCGCAUGUGGAGGCAGACUGGAGGACGGGAACGAAAGCCAUGUGCAUCAAGUCAGUUCCCAUGGACCACAUGAACACGAUUGUCUUCGCAAUACGUGGAACAGCAACGUUCAUGGACUGGGCCGUCAACUUGAAUACAGCACCAGCAGCACCCACUGGGUUUCUGGAUGACCCCAGCAACUUCUGCCACUCAGGUUUCCUGUCGGCAGCUAGGAAGAUGGUCGGCCCCGUAGCAGCGCGGUUGCGGCAACUUCUGAUGGAGAACCCACGAAGAUGUGCAUACUCGCUUCUCAUCACAGGUCAUUCUGCUGGGGGCGCCAUCGCAUCUCUUCUGUACAUGCACAUGCUGGCGACGUCGAAGGCCGCCGCGUCAGAGCUCAACAUGCUAACAAGCUGCUUCAAGCGAGUACACUGCGUGACAUUUGGCACGCCGCCAGUAUCGCUUCGCCCGUUACAGACACCCAACAGAAAAGAGCUCAAGAAAUCCCUCUUUCUGAGUUUCAUCAACGAAUGCGACCCGGUUGCGCGAGCCGACAAGGCCUACGUGAAAAGCCUGCUGGAACUCUUAGCUGCCCCGGCUCCGAACCAGGCCAAAGACAAGGAACCGGCGAAGCUGCUUGCUCCUGCCCCAAAACACAGCAAGACCGGAGACAAGAAGUCGAAGUCCUCGGUGGUGUCAAAGAAAUCAAAAAUAUCAAUGAAAUCCUCGAAGUCGAAAGAGCCUGAUCUCCCGGGGGCGGUCUGGCGGGUUCCGCACAGCACGCUAAGCAACGCGGGACGCAUCGUGGUCUUGAGGUCGGGAAACCCGCAUGCGAAGGUCAAGCGCGCAAAGACAGUUGAGGAACGCCUUAAUGAGGGCGUAGUCGCGCAGGUCGCUACUGACGAGCAGCUCAGGGGUCUCAUCUGGGGCGAUCCCGUCUGUCAUGUUAUGAAGUUGUAUGCUGGCCGCGUCGAGGUGCUGGCUGUUGGGGCGGUCACUGCCAAGGACCAUUGGUAUGCACAUGGCUCUGUGGGAUGA